AUGUCUCAACCAGAACAAGAGUUAUGGCAGUUCCUCAUCCUGUCGCAGGGUUCUUCCCAGCAAGAGGACACAACUCAUGGAAUGCAGUGGACAAGGCAUGACACAUUUUGUCUGCUUUGUCUGCAUUUGUACAAGGAAUACAGGAAACAGGUGGGCAGUCUCCGCAUAAAAAGCCUGCGACGGAUGUGUGAGGAGAUCGCGAAGGAGAUGCGACAGGAAACCAAAAAAAAUGUUAGUCCUUCCAAUUGUGCAAAUAGAUGGAAGCAUUUGGAAAGAAUGUACAAAAAGGUAAAAGACAACAAUGCCAAAACUGGCCGCGGUAGGAAGACAUUUGAAUAUUGGGAAGAAUUGGAUGAUAUUUUGGGAAAACAAAAAAAUAUGAAUCCAAUUUUAGCUAUUGCAUCAACCGAAGUAGACAACAACCUACCGGGGACACAGUUUCUUGAGGAUUAA